CUCGUCUUGAUGACACCACUGAUCCUAAUCCCAGCUUUGCAAUGCCGCUCAAACGCCAGCGUUUCAUCCGGAAACAACCACUACUAUCCAAAAUCCAAGCGUACCCCUUUGACCUCUGGCUCUGGCUCCAUGAGACUCGACUGGCUAUUGAUUGGGACGCCCAGGCACAAUUCGUGGGCUUACCGCUAGGACUUGUGAUGAAGAUUGUAUACCUGUUGCUUCUCACCAUUGAUUCGCGUGCGGUACGCGGAAACGACGUCUUUGCCUCUAAUGUGAGCUAUCGACACCUCCGAAGCGUGCAUUCCCCCAGCCUCAUCUCGCGGUUUCAGGCCACGGCCUUGGCGGUGACACAGGCUGUGUGUGUUUUGCUAGUGGCGUUCAAUUUACUUAACACGUAUCUCUGUUUGUCAAAAACACGCAUCUACACGUUUAUGAGCUCCGUGAACUCGAAUAUUACCGUUGCACAGAGGCCCAAUGGUGCCCAUAAAAUCAACUUGGAUGCGUAUGCGGACGAUGAAGAUACACCAAGCGACGAGUCAGUUUUUGGGGCUGUUUGGAGAUGGCUGUUGUCGCAUUUAUCUCCCAAACAGAUGGAACCUGAGCUAGUUGAUACAGAUAGUGAGACCUGGCAAUUGUGUGUAUGGGAUCCACUGAAGUUCCAGCUCUGCCUCUUGUCCAUGUUCUCGCCCGUUGAUUUGGUGUACCUUGCCUCCGCGCCUACCGGGCUCAAAUCGACCCUGGUGUUGCUUCUUAUCAACUUUGCUCUCUACUAUGUGGUGGUGGAGUGCUUUCUUGUGCUUCUCAAAGACAGAGAGUUGAUCUACAAAGAGACAUUUGCGGAAUACGACUCAAAAUACGUCAGACCAAAGCUUUCGAUCGCCAAGCGAGAUGUGAGUGUGGAUGCCACUGGAGGACCGUACGUCAGGCCGAGGGUACAGCACUACGAGACGUACUCUACCAAGGAAAGGGUCUUCUACACCCAUGAUCAGAAGGGAAAGUUGGUUGAUAAUUACAGACGACUGAACGAAAAUUAUGAUGACGGUUACAGACCGGUAUUUAGAGAUGAAAGAGAGAUUAAUGAGUUGGCUCCACGGUCAUUCAUCUCUUCUGCUUCUCUCGAAACGUCCCCGUUCGUUCGGCCGGUACACUCGCUUAGUAAGGCGUGGUCAGAAAGACAAGCCACAAGGAAAUCCCUCUCUGUCAGAAGCCCGAGCCCUGGGACCCCCACCUUGAGGAGAAAGUAUGAGCAGUCUAGAGGGGCAAGCACAUCUCCCGUGAAAGAUCGCCUUAGCGCACUCCCUGUUGGACAAAACAAGCCGUGGGCUGCGUCUUCCAAGAAAUAGUUUCAGGGUGGAAUCCGAACUCCCACGGCUGUCUGAUAGUUAGGGCGGUCUCCAAGUUGUGGCUUUUAGUGAGUAGCAGGAGAUGUGUUAUUUGUUCAGGUAAUAGAUCCAGUGUGCGAUGCGCAUACUUUGGGUGAAAACUAUGGCUCACGGUACAUCCCUAUAAGACAGUUCAAACCGAAACGAAUUAUUAUGGCAUACUCUUUUGUUUCAAGUAACUGCGAGAAUAUCUCCAUGAGCUU